AAAAGUCAAGAAGCCUCGAGCAGAUGCAACGUGGUCGCCGCAGCAACUGGUCGGCUUUUUCGGGAAUUUCUUCCUCACUCGCUUCGAGCAAUAUUUUUAGCUUCACAUUUUCGAUUUACGUAUCGAACAUCAGAGAGUGUAGUACUUACCGAAUAUCGAAUACUCAAUACCGAUUGUCGUACUCGUGUACUCCUGUACUCGUACUCGUAGUCUUAUAGUCGUUUAGUCGUUUAGUCAAAGUCGAAGUAUUGUAAUUUCGUAGUUCAAUUCAGUCGUUGGGUUGUUCUUGUUCGUGAACUUUGGUGCUUAGAGAGUGUGUUAUUUUGAUUUGUAUCUUUUUCUGCGAAUCCUGUAUUUAUAGGUGAUUUGUUGGUCAUUAUAGACUCGUUGACGGACGGACGCGACGCACAGUGAGAACAGUGAGAACGAGAGCGGUGUAGUAGUUGAUUCGUCCAUACUUACUUACACCUUAUUCAAAAUUCCGAGAGUGCGUAAAAGUUUCGUGCCGGGUUUUCGUCGUGUUUAUCGUGUGUUCGAAACAGAGUGAGAUUCAGAUUUCACCAGAAAAGAUUGACCGUGAGUCGUCGUCAGGGGGAAUUGAAAUUGAAAUUGAAAUAAAGUAAAAGUAGGUUUAUUGAAAUUUUUGUAUCAUAUAGUACUGACUUUCCGGUGACAUAUAAAUAAAAAUAAAUUUAAAAAACAAGCAACAAAAAUAAAACAACAACAUUCGAACAUGGUCAAUAUCCAAAGGAUGUACGCGUCCAUCUGGAUUUGGCUAGUGAGCGUGAUAAUUUCGAGUGCAGCAUCAAAUGUAGUGCCUGAUUCGAAUAGCCGAUGUUCGGCGCGGAAAUACACAUCGAUUUUGAAUUCAAUCGAUGAUGUUGAGGAUUUGGAAAUCGACGUUCCUGUCAAUAUUGCUUUUGAAACCAUGCAGAAGAAGAGGUUCAUACUUUACCUCAAUUCAUCUUCGCCUCUUUUUAUAACCUUUUCACAAAAUGUGGUCCGCAAAAUCUACUUUAAUCAAACAACCAAUUUAUCCAGAAACUUCAAAUCGGAUUUGAAAGAAAUCCUUUUGCCGUGUGCGUUGAGUGGCCAAUACGACUUAUUCGUGCGAGCCAGGCAGCGUGGCUCAAUGAAAAUGGAAGCUCACGCUCAACAUCCGCAAUCCAAUUGGGCGCUAUUGAACCGGACGAAUCAGAUUAACAUUCGCAGUCAGAAUCGAAUGCGGAAAAGCCAGAUGAUAAUUAAGUGGAGCAAGAGCAAGUUCGACAUCCAUGCGGUGCACUAUUGCUUGGUGAUUAAUGCAAAGCGAACACAGAAGAAUUUCUGUGCGGCAGUAAAUGAGUUUGUGGUGGGAUCGAUGAGGAAGGGUAAUUGCUUCCCUGGAUCAGCGAUGGACUACGUUUGGCAGAAGCCAGCCGAAAGGGUAAAGAAGAUUGAUCCUCGAAUUACCAAUGUCAUUUGCACGGGUUCACGCACCCAACAAGUCCUCAAGGGACUCACACCCAAUACCACCUACUUUGUGGACAUUUUUGGUGUGCAUACCAAGCGGCAGAAUCUCACUUUCCAUAUCGCUGCAACAACUGUUAAAUUUAACAGAACCCAUCCGUCAUCCCUGCGCGAAAAUGACUUGAGCGUGGAGAAAAUCUCGGGCAUGACCAGUGUGUCGGUUUUUAGCUUUAAGGUUCCAUCGGACGAACUACGUCCAGCAUCGCAAUUGCGCUACCUUAUUCUACCAUGCGGUGGCAGUGAAGUUGAUGCAAAAAUCCUAAAACAACGAACGGUUGUAGGCCAGGCCGAUGGAGUUUACAAGCCCACCUACAUUAACAUGAAUAAUGCCUUACCCGGUGACAGGUAUAUUAUUCGCGUUAACCCAAGCAACGAGGACGAGGUCCUGCGAGCAAAUAAAGUCGGGUUGGCCGUAACGACAGGCCGUACAUUCAAUAACCUUCCUGAACUGCCCGAAAAUGUAACCGUGUACGAAGUGCGGUCCCGCAAGAAUUGCAAAUCGACUACAAUAGCGUGGUAUGCAUCGCCUGAAAUCAGGGCAAUUGGAUACUGCAUCAUUGUGUUCAAUCUGCCGAACCGAAAUCGCAGCUCUGUCGAUUCAACUAAUUACUGCAUGGAUUUUGGCAAGCGUAUCAUGCAGCAUCCGCAGUUCUAUUCGAUUAAGUGCUCAGAAAGGAGUAAGAUUCAAUCACCACUAGAAACACACACCAUUUUUAACCUAAGUCCUGGCGAAAGCUAUCUUAUCUACGUCACGGUUUACCUGAUCGACGGUAAAGCCUUACCAUACGAGAGCCUCAAAGUACGAAUGAGUCAUCAGUGUCACAACGAACUAUACGAUUCUCGGGAAUCAGCAACUUACUAUUAAAUAAGUUAUAAACAAAAGCAAUCAUCCAGUAAAUAAAGCCAAAUGAGACCAGUGUCUUGCCGCCACAAUGCCACCAGAAAUUGUAACCUAACGAGCCAUUUAUAUACAAAAAUAAUAAAAAU